CCAGAGGCACAUGGAGUAGGAUAACAAGCUGCCAAGGCUCUGAGUAUACAUUCACAUACCCACACAAACACAGAAGGUGGACUGCACUCAAGUCCUCAUCUGUUCUGUACUUCAUUGGAUAUACAGCACCUUUCCUUCUGGAUGGAAUACUAACCUCUCAGCCAUGUUGUUCCAGUCGGUUCUGGAGAACGUCAGCACCGGUUGCAUCCAAAUAAAAUGGAGGAUAGUUUUGAUUGCGACUGUGGCGAGCUUGAGCCACCUGAUCACUGAGGGUGAAAGCUCACUUUAAAGACUUGAAGGCCAGACUCAUUUCAGUUUUAUAGAUCAGGUGACUUGAUUGAAAACAAAAAUUGAAACAAGAUUAGGUUUGAAAAAGAAAAAAAAAAAAUUGAAAUACAGUGUGUUUCGGCACAUGAAGCUGCUCAGGACCAGUCAUACACUGAAUGUAUCUGCACUGUGAGGAUGCGACGACGUGCUUUUAUAGUUUAACCCAAACUCAGUGUUUAUUAAUUGGCCUCCACUUCAUUCCAUUGCAGACUAACAACACUCGUUUUUCUCUGAUCUGAGAUUCACAUAUACUGGAUUUGUGGGGGUUUCUUUUGUCCGUUUUCAAAAUGGAAAGGAAGUUGGAUCACACGUUUGUGCCCCGCAUUUGACAGUGACGGCUAUACAGGGGGGACUCGGUGGUCGUCUAUACAGGGGUUAGCGAGUUCGGCCUCUGGAGGAACAGUCAGAUCCUCCUGCUGGUGUUAAAAGUCGGGUCUAGAACAGACAGGCGCAGCAGAAACUUUGGUGUGGAGGCUAAUAAACAUCCGUCAUCAUGGCAGAAAAGUUUGAGUCCCUGAUGAACAUCCACGGCUUCGACCUGGGUUCUCGUUACAUGGACUUGAAGCCUCUGGGCUACGGGGGGAACGGCCUCGUCUUCUCAGCAGUUGACACCGACUGCGACAAGCGCGUCGCUGUGAAGAAGAUCAUCUUGACCGACCCACAGAGUGUGAAGCACGCCCUGCGGGAAAUCAAGAUCAUCAGACGCCUUGACCAUGACAACAUCGUUAAGGUGUUCGAGAGGUUGGGUCCAAACGGUCGCAGGUUAACGGAGGACGUGGUGUCCCUGACAGAGGUCAACUCGGUCUACAUCGUGCAGGAAUACAUGGAGACGGACUUGUGUCAGCUGCUGGAGAGGGGCCUUCUGUCGGAAGGCCACGCUCGCCUCUUCAUGUACCAGCUCCUCAGGGGCCUCAAGUACAUCCACUCUGCCAACGUGCUGCACCGCGACCUCAAGCCCGCCAACCUCUUCGUCAACACCGAGGACCUGGUGCUCAAGAUUGGCGACUUCGGGCUGGCGCGCAUCAUGGACCCCCACUACUCUCACAAGGGCCAUCUCUCUGAAGGUCUGGUCACAAAGUGGUACAGAUCUCCCCGCCUGCUGCUCUCUCCAAACAACUACACCAAAGCCAUCGACAUGUGGGCCGCCGGGUGCAUCUUCGCCGAAAUGCUCACAGGGAAAACCCUGUUUGCAGGAGCCCACGAGCUGGAGCAGAUGCAGCUGAUCCUGGAGUCCAUUCCGGUCCUGCGAGAAGAGGACAGGCAGGAGCUCCACAGCGUCAUCCCCGUCUUCAUCCGCAACGACAUGACCAAGCCUCACACGCCUUUGGCCAAGCUGCUGCCGGACGUCAGUCCGCAGGCCCUGGAUUUCCUUGAGAAGAUCCUGACCUUUAACCCCAUGGACCGUCUGACUGCAGAAGAGGCCCUGGCCCACCCCUAUAUGGCCGACUACUCCUUCCCCCUGGAUGAGCCGAUCUCUCUGCACCCCUUCCACAUCGAGGAUGAAGUAGAUGAUAUCCUGCUCAUGGACCAGAGCCACAGCCACACCUGGGACAGGUAUCACGAGAGUCAGCUGUCAGAGGCUGACUGGCACUUGCACAGCACACAUGACCCAGAUGAGGUUCAGGUUGACCCGAGGGCGCUGUCUGAUGUAACAGAUGAGGAGGAGGUCCAGGUGGACCCUCGUAAAUAUGCUGACGGCGAUCGGGAGAAGUUAAUGGACGAGGCGUCCUUCGACUACUCCACUCUGUUCCCCGCGGAGCGAUCCUGGGAGGACGACCACCACGAGAACAAAUACUGUGACCAACAGUGCAGCCACACCUGUAACUACAAGGCCGUGUCCUCCUCCUACCUGGACAACCUCAUCUGGAGGGACAGUGAAGUCAACCACUACUACGAGCCCAAGCUCAUCAUCGACCUCUCCAACUGGAAGGAGCAGCAGAGCAAGGAGAAGGCCGACCGCAAGGCCAAGAGCAAGUGCGAGAGGAACGGGCUGGUGAAGGCUCAGAUUGCACUCAAGGAGGCGGAGAAGACCCAGAGUCCGGUGGAGAAGGACAAGGUCCAGGAGAAGCACCAGACGGAGAAGCCCCAGAGCCAGCAGAACCAGGGCUUCGACUUCGACUCCUUCAUCGCCAGCACCAUCAAACUGAGCCUGCAGCCGGAGCCCUGCCCGGAGGCGAGCCUCCUCAGCGAGGUGGGCCUCCUCAACGAGCUCAACUCCUCCGUCUCCCAGCUGGAGGCGCCCCGCUCCAGCUCCAUGUCCAAGUCCAUAAGUCAGGAGAAGGAGGAGAAGUGCCUGGUGAACCUGGCCCAGCUGGGCGGCGGCGGCCUGGCGGUGGUCGGGGACUGCGUGUGGCCCGCCCACCCCUGGGAGAGCUUCGGCUGCGGCGAGGGCGGCGGGGAGGGCGGCUGCCUGAUCGACGAGGCCUGCUGGGACACCCGCAAGGAGGACCACUUCCAGAAGGAGAGCACUUACACCAGCUACCUGGACCGCCUGUUCAGCCGCAAGGACGAGUGCGAGCCGGCGGCCGGCCCCGAGGCGGAGCUGUCCGUGGUGCGGGAGCUGGACGAGAGCUUCCUCGACGGCGGCGCCGAGAUCGUGCUCAACAUGCAGCUGGACUCCCUGGCCCUGCCCGGCUUCGACGGCACCGACGACCUGCCUCUCAAGUCCAUCCAGGCGACCUUCACCCCCUGCGCCGUCAAAUGCUCGCCACAGAUCGCCCACAAGACGUACAGCAGCAUCUUCAAGCAUCUUAAUUGAACCAAUAUCGUCAUCCUCCCUCACAGUGCAAAUUCUAGGCUCUUUUAUUUUUAUGUUUUCUUUUAAUAAUACGGUAUAUUAUUGUACUUGAAUCAUUUCAUACCUUUAUUUUUAUUAUGUUACUUUUAAUAGUACUGUUUUUUUUUUUGUUGUUUUUUUUUUAAGAUUUGAAGGGUGGUUUGUUAUAUUCAAAGAGUUUUGGUCAUCACUCUGAGCCUUGAUCACCAGGCCUUCGUGGGUUAAUGUCUCCGCCCUCAUUGCUAAACUGGCACGUCACUCGCACACUUACGUACUGUAGAUGAAAGGAUCGCAGCGGUAAAGUAGCUGGAAGGAAGAGGAAACGGAAAGGGUUUAAAAGCGGUUUGGCUGUUCCACGGUGUGACAUAACGGAGGAUGGUAGACACUAACAACGCUGUGGGCUUUCUAAGAGCUUUCAGCAGCCUUUCCUGGAAUGGGAUACAAGGAAAAAAAAAUAUAAAAGGGGGUAUGAGGUGUCUUUUAUUUUAUUUUAUUUUUUUAACUUUCUAGCAUUUUUUUUUUUUCUCCCCCAAAGAAAGCUUCCUUGAUAACCCAUCCAUACUGUAAAUCUGACACAUGAUGCCAGCAGCAACCAUUAUCGUUAAUGUAAAUGUGUUAUCUACCUCAAGGUAACAGCCGCGAGAGACACUCGAAGCCGCACUAGUGCUUUACACACAUGACCAUCCUCAUGCCAUGAAAUGAAGUGGUCGCGUAGACGAAAUCGGUCUCACUCUAGCAUUUAAACAUAGUGAGGUUUUUCAGUAAUCAUUAUUUAUUUCUAGCAGAUGUGCGAUAUUUAUUUUAUCAAAAUGUGUUAUUUCAAUGUGAUUAUUGAAGAUCGAGGAGUUGGGCAGACUUCCAUUUUCAUUUCGGCACUAUACGAGCGUGCAAAGUGUUCCUUUUUUUUUUUUAAAAGGUAGGAUGCAAAUUCAUGUGUUCUGUUCUACAAGAAGUUGAGGCUUUCCAUUUUCCAUCAAUUUUGUUCAAAUGAAUAUCAUUCUUUAUUUUCUUUUUUUUUUUGUUUUUUUUUUUAAUUUAUAGGUGCAUUCUGUCUUUAGUGGAAACUCCUUUUAUGGUUUAAAGAAGCACCUAAAAGUCUUAAUUUUUUUAUCUAUAUGUAAUGUAAACAAAAAAAAAAAAUGCGUGCAUGGAGGCAAGAGAAAGGUACAUUCAAAGUAAAGUCAAUGGUGAGUAUAAUGUACGUCAGUUUUAAUUGUACAUCUUUUGUUAAAUUUCUAUGUACUUUUUCCAGGCAAGCAUGACGAAUUAGGUUAAGGUGUAGCAUGUAGAACAAAUAUGGACUUUUUUGUAAUCAUUGGUUCCCCUGUUCUACAAAAUAUCUCAAAAUAAAAAUUACUGGCAAAGA